AUGAAUGUCUGGUUGCUGAUUGGCCUGAGCUCAUGUCAAUCAUCGACCGCGUUCAAAACUAGAAAUUAAAAGUGGCGCAGAUUGAAAGCAAACUUUCAAUUUGAUUUGUGUAAUUCAUACAUACCUAAAAUGCAGGAACAGAGGAACCCGUGUGUGUUGCAGUGUGUGACUCUGGAGUCGCCGGUGGGAGAGCUUCUGCUGAGUGGCUGUGAAAAGGGAAUACACACCAUCACCUUUUCUAAAGAUACAGAACAUGGGUCUGUACUCAUUUCAGACCAGGCAGAACUAAACUCUGUGCUUCAGCAGUGUGUUGCGUGGCUCCAGAGUUACUUUCAUUCUGCACAAUCAGUGAGAUCACUCCCUUUUCCUGUCGUGCAUCACCCACUAUUUCAGGGAGACUCUUUUACUGCACAUGUGCUGAGGGUAUUGCAGUCAAGGGUCCAACUGGGACAAACUGUCUCAUACAAGGAACUUGGUGAGAUGGCAGGAAACCCGAAGGCUGCUAGGGCAGUGGGCAGUGUGAUGAGGAGAAAUCCGGUUCCUCUGAUUGUGCCCUGUCACCGUGUGCUGUGUAGCUCAGGCCAAAGUGGCAAAUACAUGGGAGGCAAAGGAAAUAAUAUUAAGCUUUGGCUGCUUUCUCAUGAAAGGCAGAACGGUUAGAACCAAUUGCUAGUCUGUUGAGGACUCUAUUUUUCACAGUUUAUAUGCAAUAAGUGGGGGUAUGUUAUAAUUUAAGCACCUCUUUAUUCACUUAAUCAGUGUUAGCAGGCAUGUUAUUGUUAUAAUCCACAGUUACUGCACACAGUUGCCUUACUUUAUUGACCAGAAGAAGGUAGUAAUAAUGUUUUGCUUUGGGGUCUCUGAGUAAUGAAAAGGUGUUAUGAAAAGAUGUGAGGCCUCGUCUUCAACCAAAGCCUGCAGAGUCUCAUGUGGGAUGUUUAAUAUACGAAUAUAUCUCUAGUCUGUAAAUAAUUGCUUAGUUCAUAUAAACUGCUGGACAGCUAUGCGAAGUAACUUCAAAAUCGUUCAAUAAUAAAGGAACAUUAUUUGCACUUUA